CACAGAUACUGCACCUGCCAGCGGGUUUCUCAUUACCCGAGGGCCAGCAGCUUGCCAUGCUAUCAGAUGGGAAGCUAGCGCUAGUUCCCGGCGGCGACGGUGCUGCGGCAGCGACCACCGCGGUGGAGACCAAGCCUCUUGAAGAUGCCGAUAGUAAUAGAAGAGCAGGUGAUGCUCCUGCUGGGGCCGAUGCCAUUGCUUCUGAUACCGGUGACAAAACCGCAGCUGCUGGUCUAGAGACAGCGCCAAGUGGUCCGACGACUGUGGAUGCGGUAGAGGACGUGACUAUGGGCGACGCAGCUGCAGCAAAUAGUGGAAAGCCAUCAGCAGGGACUGUGAUUGCACCAAAUUCAAGUGACGGAGCGGCGGCAUCUGAUGCACUUGAGGACAUAGAGAUGAAGGCUGCUCCCGAAUCUUCGAGCGUGGCCGCCCCUGAUCAGGCAGCUGCGGAAGUCGUGUCUAGUGAAGCGACCGCGCCUGCCGGACUUGCAAUAUCAUUGCCUGCAUCAGGAGGAGCUGCAACCGCGCCUUCGGCCGUGGGAGCGACUGCGCCGGUUUCACCGCCGGAAGCGAAGGGGGCAGACACUACGGCCACUACCGCUUUUCCAGCGGAGGCUGAAGAUCCGUACCUCGGUCUGGACGAUGACGAUGAUGACGAAGACGAUGAGGAUGAAGAGAACGAGAAUCCAAUAACGCUGCAAGCCGAUGACGAGGCAGAGUUGGAUACAACAGUGCAGCCAUACUCGCAAUUUCCAAGAAGAGCAGCAGCCGCGUGGCCACCACCGGUCCUCAAGAGCGCAAAGGUACUUGUAUCUACCAUUUCCCAAUGAAUUUUUAUCGUAGGAUAAGACAUCUAGAAAAAUUCUUUUUCAUGAUCCGGCUGUGGGCGAUUAGUUCAUCCCACUAGUUCUUCUGAUUUUUUUCGCCCGAUUUCAAUAUUUGCAGUUGAGAGAAGUCGACCGAUUAGAUUCAAUAAAUUUCUUUUACAACAGGUGAUGCGCGUGAAUCCCUUCGAUGAACCACGAGCGGAGAAGAUGGAGUUUCUAGGUCGGUGGCGCGUAGUCUCUCAAUCCGAGGCAGAGGGCGAGUACGAUCCACUGGCUGAGGUUCCCGCCAGCAAGUCCUCACCCUCCUCCGCGAGGCCUCAAUACCAAAAGGAUGCUGCAGCUUCUUCUCCAACAACUGCAUCUGGCAUCAAAAUGAACAUCAAUAGUAAGAUUAACAGCAGUCGCCCGGGGCCGCAGUUUUCUAGUGUGUCCGUCCAUGAUAGGAAGGGUCCCUUUUUCAACAACAGCGUGCGUGAUAUUCCCUCCGGCGACAAGGGCAUGGAAACCAUGACCGCGCGGAUUGAGAGCCAGUUUCCCGCUAUCCGGUUCUUGAAACUGAGCACACUGCAAGAGAAACUGAAGUUGCUCAUGACUCUUUUGCAGGAGAAGAAGGUGCAGCCGAAGUUGCUCAUAACCGCGCUGUGGGGAACGUUGAAGAGUGACGAGCAGACGCACGUGGCCAAAAACCUUCCAGAUUUGGCCAAGUAUGCGACAGUUAAACCACGCCCACGCAAGCGUGAGCAAGCGAGUCCGCCCGGCGGCGCCGAGCCAGCGUCGAAACUGCAAAAAACCGCUUCAACCGGACCUCUAGGGGCAACUGCAGCAAGCGUUAAAAAUAUCGGAGGAGGAGCCGCAACUAGUGGUGGCGCUACGUCCUCUACAGGAGCAUUCCCUAAUGGAAUCAAGCAAGGACAGGGUGGGUCUUCCCCAAGUGGCGCACCGCAAGCUAAAGCCGGGGCCGCAGCGAAAGCCGCUUCUUCUGCUGCCACAACAUUUGUUGUUUCUGAUCAAGCAGUUACGGCUUUGCGUGUUUCAAACCUUCCUGUCGGCGUCAAAGCGCAGGAGCUUGGAUCUGUUUUUCACAAUUAUCAGGUAUUUUUAUGUAAGAUAGGCACAGGAAUAUGUUCACAGAGAUGAAGAACAUCGAGCACCGUUGAAUCUCCUACUGCGGCUCUACCUAACAUUCAUCUUCAAGACGUUGAAGAAAGUUGUUAUCCUGUAAUCAUGCAUCGCAAGAACAGAAUCAGGUAAUGAUCUGCUGUAUUACGAAAAUAUAUCUUCCCCCAUAUCGCAAUCUGCGUGAUCAUUUCUUUUUCUCGGCCAGGUUCUCGGAGUGAACAUCAAGAAGAGUAAGAAGGGCGAUCGUUAUGUUGGCUUCGUACGUGUGGGGAACAGAGCACAAGCAACGUUAGCAACAAAAACCGAGAUCAAAUUUCGCGACCUCGUCCUCAAGAUUGCAAUCGACGAAGACCAAACGAGAAUAGCACAAAUGCAGAAGCAGCAAGCCCCGGGAGCGCCCGUAGGCAGCCCAGUCACCGGUGUGGCAAAAGCUGCGCCACCACCGAGCCCACCAGCCGGCAGGCCGCAGUUUAAGGACAAGCGGACUAGAGACGUAGAGGUACUAACACUUCUUUAUGUAUUAGACUCCACGGCUCAGGGGAGCGGCGCUCGGGGGGGCCGUGGAUCCCCGGGCCCCUUUUGGAGGCGUCUGCCGGGGGUGGAAGGCUUCCAAAGGGGUCCAAGGGGCGUCCUCCGCUCCCUUCCAGCUGCCUGCAUGUGCCCAACAGACUUCCUAUUUGCUGGCCCCUCCCCGCAGCAGCAGGGUGCCGGGUGUGGAAGGCCUCCGAAGGCGGCAAAAGGCGCAAGGCUUGACCGCCUGAGCCGUGUGGCCUGUACCCUCCGGGCCCAUGGUUAUCGGCCUGCUUGCUCUUGCCGCGCAUUUGAUGAGGGCAACCCAGCAAGAGGGGCCAGGCCUCGAGACCCUGGCCGCCUUCGGCGGCCUUCUGCCCCGGAGACCUUCGGCCUGCGAGGGUUGGCAGAGGUCGGGACGCCUUUCGGGAACAACAUGCAGAGAGGCGCGAGUGGGCGCUCGCUCCCAGUUUUGACGCCUUGCACUCCGAGAAUCCGCGAAAAGCAGCGUGGAAACGAGCGCGCAAGCGCGACCUCAGGGCCAUCCACAGGGGGCGCCAUGCGUCCCCGUAUCAUAUAUAUAAAUCCAAACCUAACAGAUGCAGCACGGGCAGACGUUUGUGCAGUUCUUUGGCCACAACUUGAUGGACAAGGUCAAGAUCAGUCAAUCACUUACAUCUGGGUUACAACUUUAUAACAAAUUAAUAUAUAUGUUUUCUCUCCUUGUUCGAUAUUCUCAUCAUCAUGUGGGUGAUAUUGAUUCUUGUCUUGUUUAUCGCAGAGGAUGCCUAUCAUCUUUCGUCAUCGAAUGCCUUACUUCAGGUCUGGGCCGAUAGAGUACGAUACGACGGGGGGAUGCUUACAGUGCAAAUGUCAGAAUUGGGCAUAGACGAUAGCGUAUUGGCAGAGUGGUGUGCCUGGUUCCCAAAAAGGCUUGCUGAUCUAGAGAAACUGCAUAAAGGUAAAGUUCGAAAUACUGGUCUUAGAAAGUCCUAGGUUCAUCUUAUUAUUAUAAUGAAUAGAUGUGCAUCUUGUUUUACUUAUGAUCUUAGUUUUAAUAGCUUGAGGUUUCUGCAUCUAGCAUCUUUACACUUUGUCAUUCAUCACUGCGGGUGUACUAUUGAUCGUUGGUGAAAGUUGACGUGUACAUCUCUACGAAGAUUCCCCUUUCUUGUUCAGGUAACAUCAAAAUGGCAGAGCUCGACUUCUCAAACAACAAGAUAAAGGACGAUGGCCUUGCUGCGCUUGUUGGGCUCUUUCGGAAGUACUUUAUGUUGUUACUCGUCUGUGCUUGUCCUCUCACCUUUUGUGAAUAGUAACGGUAAAUGUGUCUUCCUCUUCACACUAAAAGUUAUGUAUGAUUUUAUCAUUAGGACUAGGACCUCUUCCUCUUCUACAUCUACACUAUGAUAACAUAAGUAAUGAAUAACUCGAACUCGAUUUAUCACUCAGACACGAAGUCUCGAUAAAGAAUCUCAGUAUGGGACAAAACGAGCUGACGGAUCAGAGCUUGCGAGCAUUGGGCGAAUACAUAUUGGCAAAUUCCGAAACUUUAGCAGUCUUGAGUCUAGAAAAGAACCAUUUCACAUCAAGAGGCUUGGUCUACCUUGCGCGGAAAGUCAAGAUGUCGAACUUCUAUCCAAAGUACUUAUCAAUCUUCUCUGCAGCGGCAGUUCUUAGCAUCCUUGUUUGUUUGACGCAUCUUCAUCUACAUUUUCCUGAGUGUUUACUCCAGGUUUUAUGCGUGUCUCCAGUGACAAAAUUACUUUUGAUGUGUUAAGUACUUAGACUCAUAUUUAUGAUCAUGCUCCUUUCAAGUUGCUCUGACACAAUUUCAACAGGCUCGACAAGACUUUCUUCAAGUAUCAGUCCUUGUGCAUCGAGGUUCAGGGCAAUGGCGGACUGGAUACAAAUGAGCUCUUUGCGUUACUUGCUGAGAGCGACAUUUCAUAUUGCCAGCUUGAACGAGAGGCGAAGAACGGGACGAAGCGUGCGUGUCCGCUUUUGUAUCUUCCCGGUUUGAACUUCGGCGUAGACGACGACGUGAGCAGCGCCUUGGGACCGGAGAUGCUUGCCACGGUUUUCGGCAAAGAGGCGGCCGCAGGCGGGCCUCCCGGCAUCCCUCCGACGAUGCCACCACCGCCUGCAGUAUCAGCCUCUUCAAGCGGGGGAACGAGCGUCCACGGAAGCGGCAACAGUACCCACGGCACUGGUGGGGGACACAACGGGAGCAACCACGGCGGCGCUGGAUCAUCAUCAGGAGGAGGCUAUCACGGAUCGCAUAAUUCCUACAACAACGCAUCUUCCGGUGGAGCCGGUGAAGGCAGCAGCAGUGGCCGUGGUGAGUCCUCAUGGGGCAAGGGCAGCGGCAAAGGUACCUACGGUGGCAGCGGUCAUCAUCAUCACUACUACUCUCACGGACACGGAGGUCCUUACCACCACUCUUCGUGGGGUGGCGGCUGGGGCAAAGGCAGCGACUCUUGGGGCAAAAGCAGCUCAAACUGGGCCGCAUCGAGUGGAAAGGGAAAAGGCCGCACAGUGCGGAUUACAGACCAAAAAGGUGGUGGGAAAAAGUACUAAGAUGAAAUAAGUCCUCGCGGCUUUGGGAUGGCUACUUAAGUAGUUUGUCAUUUUCUGCCACUUUCUUUUAGCAGAUGAACCUCUGCGUUUGUAGGAGAACGAAGGUGAUCUCCCCUCAAGUAGAAGCUCGAGAACAAAUAAUGUGGACGAGUCCGGGUUCGCGGCCGUCUGCAAGAGCUGCAAGAUCAAGGUGAAGGUACUCAGCUGAGGAUGUGGCAACCUGGUGUCGUCGACGUCGCUGCCGAUGACUGCUGCAAUUUUUCUCCAAGCUUUCCACAUCGUAAACUACACUGCGCUUACCUUGAGAUCAAAUCAUAUACGGCCAAAAAUGAAUACGCGUUUAGGCUACCAAGAAUAGAGAACCAUUCAAACAAGACGCACCUCUGCAAACGCUACAGAUUGAUACUUGAGAAUCGACCACUUGAUGUCGAUCCAAUACUAUUGUGUAUAACAAGAAAUUCGCAGGUGCUGGAACAAAGAAGGUUUUGUUUGGAGACACCACUGCUAGUGAGUAGGUGAAAGAGUUUAGGAUGUACUUGUCUGUACUUCUUUGCAUUAGUACCCGCUGUUAAAGAGACACCUUGUCCCACUUCUACCCGUCUGAAUAGGCCUUGUCUUAUUCUCCCAACUCCUGGAUUUUUCAAACAUCGCGCUGAGAAAAUGAAAAUAGGAAGAACAAAUAUAGAUUUAGU